CGGCGUCAUUGGCGAUAUGAUCGGCUACGUGGCCGCCACCUUCAUGCGCGGCGUCCGCUUUGUCCAGGUCCCCACCACCCUCCUCGCCAUGGUCGACUCGUCCAUCGGCGGCAAGACGGCCAUCGACACCCCCAUGGGCAAGAACCUGAUUGGCGCCUUCUGGCAGCCCCAGCGCAUCUACAUUGACCUGGCCUUCCUCGACACCCUGCCCGUGCGCGAGUUCAUCAACGGCAUGGCCGAGGUCAUCAAGACGGCGGCUAUCUGGGACGCGGAUGAGUUCACCACCCUCGAGGAGAACGCCCCUGUCAUCCUCGCCGCUAUCCGCUCCAAGCCCGCCGCCGCCAACUCGCCCGGCCGUCUGGCCCCCAUCCGUGACAUCCUCAAGCACAUCGUGCUGGGUUCGGCCCGUGUCAAGGCCGAGGUCGUCUCGUCGGAUGAGAGAGAGGGCGGCCUGCGGAACCUGCUCAACUUUGGCCACUCUAUCGGCCACGCAUACGAGGCCAUCCUCACCCCGCAAGUUCUACACGGCGAGGCUGUGGCCAUCGGCAUGGUCAAGGAGGCCGAGCUUGCCCGUUUUCUCGGCGUACUCAAGCCCGGUGCCGUGGCUCGCCUGGCCAAGUGCAUCGCCAGCUACGACCUGCCCACAUCGCUGCAGGACAAGCGCAUCGUCAAGCUGACGGCGGGUAAAGAGUGCCCCGUGGACGUGCUUCUGGAGAAGAUGGGUGUCGAUAAGAAGAAUGACGGCCGGAAAAAGAAGAUUGUGCUGCUCUCGGCCAUUGGCAAGACGUUCGAGCCCAAGGCCAGCGUCGUCGAGGACCGCGCAAUUUGUAUUGUCCUCUCUCCGUGCAUCCGGGUCACGCCCGGCGUUCCUAAGGACCUCUCGGUCAGCGUAACGCCUCCCGGAUCCAAGAGUGUCUCGAAUCGCGCCCUGGUGCUGGCGGCGCUUGGAGAGGGAACUACCCGCAUCUACGGGCUACUGCAUUCUGACGACACACAGUACAUGCUGACUGCCAUCGCUCAGCUCCAAGGGGCAACGUACUCGUGGGAAGAUGCCGGCGAGGUUCUCGUUGUCAAAGGCAGAGGCGGUAGGCUGCAGGCCAGCAAGGCGCCCUUGUAUCUUGGAAACGCGGGAACGGCGUCUCGCUUCCUGACCUCGGUCGUCGCUCUCUGCUCCCCAUCCGACGCGUCCUCGACCGUCUUGACGGGCAACACGAGGAUGAAAGUGAGGCCCAUCGGCCCGCUUGUAGAUGCCCUGCGGUCCAAUGGCGUGAGCGUCAAGUACCUGGAAAAGGAAAAGAGUUUGCCGGUGCAGGUGGAGGCCGCCGGCGGGCUCGCGGGUGGCGUAAUGGAGCUGGCAGCCACCAUCUCCUCGCAGUACGUCUCGUCGCUGCUGAUGGCCGCGCCGUAUGCGCGCCAGCCCGUGACUCUGCGCUUGGUCGGCGGAAAGCCCAUCUCACAGCCCUACAUCGACAUGACCAUCGCCAUGAUGGCGUCGUUUGGCAUCCAGGUGCAGAGAUCAACCGAAGACGCCAACACAUACCAUAUCCCACAGGGCGCCUACAAGAACCCGGCAGAAUAUGUCGUGGAAAGCGACGCUAGCUCGGCAACGUACCCGCUUGCCGUUGCUGCAAUUACUGGCACCACGUGCAUCAUUCCAAACAUCGGCUCAAAGUCGCUCCAAGGAGACGCCCGCUUCGCCGUUGAGGUCCUCCGGCCCAUGGGCUGCACUGUGGAGCAGACCGAUUUCUCAACAACCGUCACCGGCCCCCCCGUGGGUUCGCUCCGGGCCAUCACCGUCGACAUGGAGCCCAUGACGGAUGCUUUCCUCACUGCGUCGGUGCUUGCGGCUGUCGCCUCUGGAACAACCCGGAUCACGGGCAUCGCCAACCAAAGAGUCAAGGAGUGCAACCGUAUUCUGGCCAUGAAAGACCAGCUCGCCAAGUUUGGCGUGCAGUGCUCAGAGCUCGAAGACGGCAUCGAGGUUACGGGGAGGCCCUACAGGGAGCUGCAAAAUCCCGCCGAGGGCAUCUAUUGCUAUGACGACCACCGUGUGGCCAUGAGCUUUGGUGUCUUGUCCGUCGUUUCUCCCCACCGGGUGCUGAUACUGGAGCGCGAGUGCGUUGGCAAGACGUGGCCCGGAUGGUGGGACAUCAUGUCGCAAUCCUUCAACGUGCACCUAGAGGGGGAGGAGGAGCCGAAAGAUAUGGCCGGCCACGCAAACGAAACAAACCGGUCUACCUCGGCUCAGUCAAUUUUCAUAAUUGGUAUGAGAGGUGCAGGCAAGACCACGGCUGGCCGCUGGAUGGCCGAUACCCUAGACUGGCCGCUGGUGGAUCUUGACGUUGAACUCGAGAAGAGGGAGGGCAUGACAAUUCCCGACAUAAUUCGCGGCGAGCGAGGCUGGGAAGGCUUUAGAAAGGCCGAGCUCGCCCUCCUCAAGGAUAUGAUCAAGACCAAGUCGACGGGCCACGUCUUCUCGUGCGGUGGGGGUAUCGUCGAGGAAGAGGCUGCCCGCAAGCUGCUCAUUUCUUACCACCAGAAUGGCGGCUGUGUCAUGCUGGUCCACCGCGACACGGAACAGGUUGUUGAGUACCUGAUGAGGGACAAGACCCGUCCUGCCUAUUCGGAGGACAUCCGAGGCGUCUACUAUCGGCGCAAGCCAUUCUUCGAGGAGUGCAGCAGCUUCCAAUACUACAGCCCCCACCUAGAUGGCUCCAAGGUACUGAGUGAAGCACCGGCCGACUUCAACCGAUUCCUUUCCGUCAUAGUUGGCCAGACGACAGACUUUGACGACAUCAGGCGCAAGGCGCACUCCUUCUUUGUCUCGUUGACUGUCCCCAAUGUCUCCCAUACAUUGGAGACCAUCCCGAGCGUGGUCGUAGGAUCGGACGCCGUCGAGCUGCGCGUCGACUUGCUGGAGGACUAUGAUCCCGAAUUCGUCGCCACGCAGGUCUCCCUACUACGGUCGGCUGCCAAGGUCCCCAUCGUCUACACGGUGCGCACCGUUAGCCAGGGCGGCAAGUUCCCUGAUGACGAUUACGAGCUAGCUGAAAAGCUCUACCGGGUUGGUCUGCGCACUGGGGUCGAAUUUCUCGACUUGGAGAUGACCAUGCCAGACCACAUCAUCCAGACCAUAACGGACAAAAAGGGAUUCACCCGUGUGAUUGCAUCUCACCACGACCCACAAGCGAAGCUGUCGUGGAAGAAUGGAGGGUGGGUUCCGUUCUACAACAAGGCGUUGCAGCACGGGGAUAUCAUCAAGCUUGUCGGCGUGGCCAAUGGUAUUGUCGAUAACUUUGACCUCGCCAACUUCAAGGCCAAGAUGCUUGCGGCGCAUGACAAGCCCAUCAUCGCCCUCAACAUGGGGGCGCCGGGUAAGCUGAGCCGAGUUCUCAAUGGCUUUAUGACUCCUGUCUCCCACCCGGCGCUGCCGUCCAAGGCCGCCCCGGGGCAGCUCUCGGCCACAGAGAUUCGACGCGCACUGGCCCUGAUUGGCGAGCUUGAGCCCCGGUCGUUUUAUCUCUUCGGGAAGCCCAUCCUGACGUCGCGGUCGCCUGCUCUGCACAACGCGCUGUUUAGAGAGAGUGGGUUACCUCAUCAGUACUCGCUUUUAGAGACUGAUCACGCGCCAGACGUGGAGGACCUGAUAAGGUCUCCGUAUUUUGGCGGGGCGUCUGUGACUAUCCCCCUGAAGCUCGAUAUUGUGCCGCUCCUAGAUGAGGUGUCUGAUGCUGCCAAGACCAUUGGUGCAGUGAACACCAUCAUCCCCAAAUCUCGUCCCGGCCGCAGCAAGCCUACACUGUUCGGAGACAACACGGAUUGGAAGGGCAUGGUCUUCUCACUCCGGUCCGCCGGCGUGGUUAAGCGCACCGGAGAGGCCGGUGCCAUGGUUGUGGGCUCUGGGGGAACGACGCGCGCCGCCAUCUACGCACUGCACAGCCUGGGCUACGGCCCUAUCUACGUCGUGGCCAGAAACUCCGAGAACGUAAAGUCCAUUGCCGAUUCGCUACCCGCAGACUACAAAAUCCAGGCCCUAACCACGCCUGAAGAGGUGGGCCAGUUGUCGAGCACUUUGCUUCCGAAUGUGGUCAUCAGCUCCAUCCCCGCGGACAAGCCUAUUGACCAGAACAUGAGAGAAGUGCUAGUGGCCGUUCUGCGGCAUCCUGUAGUGGGAGACGGCGCGCGCGUGCUCCUCGAGAUGGCUUAUACACCGCGUCACACGCCGCUCAUGCAGCUGGCAGAAGACGCGGGCUGGCGCACCAUCCCUGGCCUCGAGGUCCUUUCGGCCCAGGGCUGGUACCAGUUUCAAUCCUGGACUGGAAUCACGCCACUGUUCUCGGAUGCUAGGGCGGCUGUCAUGGAGGACACCGCCGAGUGAGGUGAUUCGCUGGGGGGACAGGCACUAUGGGACGGACGGGUUGUUUUGGUCUGUCUUUUGGACGCAGAAAGGUGCCUCUUCUGUGGUGAGGAGGCGUUGGAAGUAUGUUAUAUAGACUACGGCCAAGACAAAAAAGGCAAAUAAAGGGAAAUAGGGGAAAACAAAUAAAGCUCUCUAGAUUAAGCUU